AUGCCAGAUAGAGCCUUCUACAACGUGAAUAUGCGCAAAUUUGUUGAAUUCAGUAACGCGAAUAUCGCAGUUUGUGCCAUUCUGGGUGAUACCAAAUUAGCCCAGAAAUAUUUCCAGUUUUUGCAGUGUUCUGGGAUGCUUCCAGACGACCUGGUGCGACCUGAGUCCCUCUACCUGAUAUUCAUGAGCACUCAGCUUAGAAUCAGCGUCAGAAUCAGAACAGAAUACUCCACCUACAAAAUAUAUUGCAUAAAGAAGGAAGAACAAGUUGAAAACAAGGCGAAUUCAGAGACCUAUAAAAUUCAUAGCAAGGGAUCCAACUUCAGAAUGAGGAAAAUGAGGCAGAAAUCAGCUAUUUGGACUAUUCUACAGCACAUUGUAGUGAUCACCUUCUGUACAGCUGGGCUUGAAACCAGUCUAAAGAUAUUUAUGAUAUUUUUGUACGGAAUAGUCAUAAUGAGGUUGCUUGACAGGUAG